UUGUGGGAAGGGGAGAGAGAGAGUGAGUGGGAGUGAAAGAGAGGGAGAGAAGAGGAGGGUAAAAGAGGGAGCCACUUGUCCACGAGGAGUUUAGAGUACUUGGCACGAUUUACCUCAGUAGUAAUGGGGUCUCUAACUGGUCCCUCGUGUCUGCUUCUGUUUUUCAUGGUGACCCUCCAGACCCUGAACAGCACCCACGCGAAUAGGAUAAUCACGGAGAAACCGGGCCGCGUUGAUUCAUCUGAGAGCGGGCUUGGGUUGAAGGAGCAUUUUCUGAUUGUUACACAGCACAAUAGGCUGCGCAGCUGGGUCACCCCCAUGGCCGCUAACAUGCAAAAAAUGGACUGGAGUGAAAAGCUGGUCAAACUUGCCCAGGAGAGGGCAAAGUCCUGCCACACAAAUCCCGCUCCUCAGGACCAACCGCUACGCCACAUUGGCUGGAACACCCAUCAUUCAGCUCAUGCUACCAGCUCAUUUGCUGAGGUCAUUGACUCAUGGUUCGAGGAAGGGCGGGAUUACAUGUACCUAAGUGGGCAAUGCAGAGAGAAUGCUACCUGCCAACACUACACACAGUUGGUGUGGGCCACCUCCAGUAAUGUGGGCUGUGCCAGACAGUUGUGUCUGAGGGGUGAUGCUCUCUGGGAACUGUUUGUCUGUGCAUACUCCCCUGGGGGUAACUGGGAGGUGAAUGGAAGGUUGGUGGUGCCCUAUGUGGCUGGUUUCUCCUGUUCUCUCUGCACCUCUUCCAUGUCAGGCUGCUUCAGACUGUGGGACCAUGUGGGAGGACUGUGUGAGACCCCCAGGAACCCAUGUCGUAUGAGCUGUGGGCAGCAUGGUCGUCUGAACAUCUCCUCCUGCCAGUGUCAUUGUGGGCCUAGAGUCACCGGACGAUUUUGUCAGGUGCGCUGCAGUGUGAAGUGUGUGCACGGCCGCUACAAGGAAGAGGAGUGCUCCUGCAAGUGUGAUGUUGGUUAUGGAGGUGCUGAGUGUGCAGAGAAGCAGCAGUUUCCCUUCCACAGCUGUGACGUGAGGAUAGAUGGAGAGUGCUUCAUGGUGUCUCCAGAGGUCGACACCUACUAUGGAGCCAAGACCCGCUGUCAGGAGCGAGGGGGGAUUCUGGCCCAGAUCCACAACCAGAAAGUUCAGGACAUCCUCGCAUUUUACCUCAGCCAGCUGGAGACCAGCAACGAGGUCACAGACCCUGACUUUGAGACACGCAACUUCUGGAUCGGGCUGACAUAUAAACCUCUAAAGGACUCUUUCCGCUGGGACUCAGGAGAAAUCCCCACAUACAACAGCUUCGCCUUUGGACAGCCUGACAACCAGGGCUUUGGGAACUGUGUGGAGCUGCAGGCUUCCAACGCCUUCAACUGGAACGACCAGCGCUGUAAAACACGCAACCGAUACAUCUGCCAGUACGACAUUAGCAUGAGUGGAGAGCUGAAGUCCAGCCGUUCCAGGACCAGCAGCAAGAGACCCAGCAGCAAUCCAUAUGGAAGAAUGUAUCUUCUUCAGGAUUACUCUGUCAUUGGCCAGCUUCUCCAUGGACUCCUGGCAGGGGAGGUUGAAGUUUGUCUUCACAAUGAGCACGGCCUUGAUGGUAGGAACAGUGAACCUAUUUCUUGCUGCUGUCCAGAGAUCAUUCAUUUGGGAGAACAUUCUCUCGACUGGUGCAUUACUUCCAGAUCUGACUAUGACCUGGACUAUGAGUGCUAUCAGGAGGACCUCUAUGACAGGAUGUAUGACUACCAGCGCGUGCCAGCUUCCCUACCUCCCCUGUCCCAGGGACCUAGCCUGGCCAAACGACCCCGCUCCUCCUCCACUUCCUCUGGGCACAGACGUAGCCGAGACAGGCCCCCCUCCAAGAGCUCCAGAGCCCACUCCACCAGCUCCAACAGGGCCAAGUUGCGGAUGGAGGAGCUGCAGGUCAUUAAGAGGGAGCUGACCCUGAUAAAGACACAGAUUGACGGGCUGCUCGACAACCUGGACAGGAUGGACACACAGAGGCGGGACCACACAGGGUCUCCCGUGAGGGAGGGCAGUUUGGCCGGGUCACCGUACCCCCCCUCCGCCAGCAGCGGUGACCGCUCCCCCUCCCCCUUAUCCCCCCCACGCCACUGCAUCCAGAGAGAGAGCCCCGAACUGGGGGAGGCCAGCGACGAUGAUCACACGAUGAAUAACCACAGCUCUGACCCUGAGGAUGAGAUGUGAGGAUGGAAACAGAGAAGAAACGGAGGAGUGCCAGACAUAGAGGAAGAGAACAUCUGUCUUGUCAAGAAGUUACCAUGCCAACAACUGAUUCAGAGGCCCCACUCCUGUCGAACCAACCGGUUACAUUGUAUUCUAUAUCCACAUAUACAUCAACAGCACACAUACACAGACACACUGUAAUUACAGUUGAUCAGAAAUCAAGUAUCUCCCUUGGAUAUUCACCACUGAGAUCAGCUUAGAUUACACACACAUUUUAUCUGUAGAGUGUAAUUCUUAACCAGAACAGGAAAGUGAAAUAAUAUCUAUAUUCAUAAUUUUCUUAUGUUCUUUUUAGUCCGUCUUCAUAUUUUCCAGAAAAACAUUCUGAUUACCAGUUUAUAUAAAUUUGACAUGCAUAUUGAGAGAGUGAGGGGAUUUGAAAUUAGCAUACUAUAGAUGUCGCAAUCAUAGUUUUUCGGUGACUUGAGUUACUUUGUUUUAUGUAUAUCAUAUCACUGCCAGAGCAUGAGUCCAUCAGUUGAUACCCCCCCCUUAUGUCUGUGUAAUGUUAUCUCCCUGCUGUAUUACUACCUGUCUGUAUUAGGUAUGAGGAGACAGUAGCCCAUCUCUUCCUCUAUGUACCUGGCGCUAUGAGCUGAGGAGAGGCCCCGGCCCGGUCCAUGUGUAAUAUUGUGUAUUACUGUAAAACUUUACUGUAUUAGGUCAGCUGUACGAUUUUAAUCCAGCAUUUUAUUUUAGUUUUUUUUUAUUUGUUUGUGUUUUUUAAAGCGAGAAGAAAACAACAAUGAUAAUUGUUUAUUAUAAUUCCAGUGGUGUUAGAUGUUUUGUUAGUUAUGUUUGCAUUCAUGAAGAAGCCAAGUGGAAACACUACUCACACUGUCACAGUAGUAAAGGUAUUUUCAUAUUGAUUAAAAACACCUCUGGGAGGAGUGUU